CUUUGAAUUUAUGAUUAAAUGAUUGUGUGCUGAUCAUAUUAUGUUUGGCAAAGGUGGUCUAAUAGUGGGUGUCUUAUCUUUAUUUUAGUGGGCAGUUUUCAUGGGAUUUGAACAUGAAAGGAUCCACUUUGAGACCUCCUCAGUGUUGAUUCGUCAGAUGCCACUGGAUCUUGUCAAGAAGCCCAAGGGAUGGAAAAAUGGACCAUUGACUACAGGCGAUCCUGUGUCGUCCAAUCCACUGAUUGAAAUAACAGAGCGGGCUGUGAGCAUGGGCAAACCAGAAAACUUUCCAUCAUAUGGCUGGGACAACGAAUAUGGCGAAUGGAAUGUCAAGGUUCCACCUUUCAGGGCUUCCAAGUAUCUAAUCACCAACUGGGAGUAUUUGGAGUUUGUGAAUGAUGGGGGCUAUGAAGAUUCCAAGUACUGGACUGACGAAGGCUGGAAGUGGAAACAGUUCCGCAAAUUGCAUCAUCCUACUUUUUGGGUUUGUGGACAGAAGUGCAAAUCUGGUUGUGGUGGAGACCUAGCAACUUACUCUCACUGUAACUUAGAAAGUGAUGUCAAUCAUAACAUGAAUGGGCAUCAUAAUGGUUUUGCCAAUGGUGUUGCCAAUGGUGUUGCCAAUGGUUUUGCCAAUGGUGUUGCCAAUGGUUUUGCCAAUGGAGUUGCAGAUGGAGUUACCAAUGGUGUUGCCAAUGGUGUUGCCAAUGGUUUUGCCAAUGGAGUUGCAGAUGGAGUUACCAAUGGUGUUGCCAAUGGACUUGCUAAUGGUGUUACUAAUGGUGCCAUUAAUGGGUUUGCUAAUGGUGUCUUGAAUGGUGAUCAUCAGAACAACUUGACACAUGCAAAUGGUGGCUCAGAGGAGAUGGAACGUCCUUACAAGUACCGUGCAAUGUUCGAGGUGAUAGACAUGCCCAUGGACUGGCCUGCAGAAGUGAACUACCAUGAAGCUAAAGCUUUCUGUGCUUGGAAAGGUCCAGACUACCGUCUGCCUACAGAAGCUGAACAUCAUGCCAUGCGAGGACCCCAGAAAUCUCCUUCAGAGGGUACUAUUUGCGACAUUAUCUACCAAGAUAAUAUUAAAGCCAACAUCAAUAUGGCUUAUGGCUCAUCCACUCCUGUUAACUUGUUCCCGCCUUCCAAAGCUGGAUUUUGCGAUGUCUCUGGAAAUGUAUGGGAGUGGUGUGAAGACCAUUUUAACGGACUUAAAGAUUUCAAACCUCACAUACUUUAUGAUGACUUUUCCACGCCAUGUUUUGAUGGAAGACACAACAUGAUCAUGGGUGGCAGCUGGGUUUCCACGGGAGGUGAGGCAUCACGAUUUUCUCGCUACGCUUUCCGCCGUCAUUUCUUCCAACAUCUUGGUUUCAGACUUGUGCAGUCCAUUGCGGAUAGUCCACCAGUACGUUUGGUUGGGACUCCUGUGUUUGUGCUUGGAGUUGGUGUAGAAGACAAUCCUUCGACUGUGCCUGGCAUUGACAGCAGUGCGUAUUACUGCACCACCAAUCCACAAUACCAUGAUGAUGCGGAAGAGUUUCUGCUGAGCGAGAUCUCGUCACACUAUGGGGAUCUUUUGGGAAUGGAAAACAACGUACAAGAGCGCGAGGAGCUUGUGCAGAUGUGUGUGGAAGCCAUACAAAAGUGCGAUUACCCUGUGAAGAACGCUCUAGAAAUCAUGUGCUCUGUAGGGCGACUCUCGUAUGAACUGAGCAGGCACUUUGAGCAGGUGAUUGCCAUCGAUCAUAGUGGGCGUCUGCUCGAUGCAGCCCUUAAGAUUCAGCAAGGAAAAUCUUUGGAGAUCACCAGCGCCCUGGACAAACAUUUAUCCGGUAUUCCUCUGAACAAGAUCGUAGCUAAUACUGAGAAAGUGAUGUUCCAACAGUUCACCUGGCUGCCAAAUGAGAUUGGAACUUAUGACGUCAUUGUCAUGUCUUGUCUUCACCGUCUGGCCAAUGUUAAAGCGUGGUUGAUCCGCCUAUGGGACAUCAUUAGUCCAAAAGGUCUUUUGAUCAUCAAGACUAACAUCACAUGGGAUCUUGAAUCACUGAAAGCUGUGCUCGGAAACAAAUUUUCUCUUUUGGAGCUGCGCCUGGUGAAAAGCAAGCGAGAAGGACUGCGCAAGUCUGACAUGUGCCACUCAAGUGUCACCAUCUGGAGGAGCAAGCAGUAAAUUCCGGAUGUUAAACGUUGUGGAGAACAAAUGCAUUGUUACGUUGAGAAGACACUGAAAAAAUCACUUAUGUAUUGCCAAUUACCCGGUUUUUUCCUCUUCAAUGGUUGUUUCGGUUGGCUUUCUUUCGCUGCUUUUGUACGAUUCAGUAUGAAGUUAGACUUUAUUGGUGAUUUUGAUCUUGUUUAAUCAACCUUCAAUCUUAGAGUCACUUUUUUCUCGUUGUCAGAUAGGCACCUAGCAGGUGAUUUUCUUUUUAGUGUUGUCUCCGUGAAAUAUCAUUUUUCCUAUAACGGGUGUUGGAUUCUCUCACACUCAUCCAGUCAUAACGGCAAAUAUUAAGAUGUGUUUUAGUAUUUUAGCAAUUUAAAGUACCAGUGAGUUUUUUGAUAUAUAAUCCUUCGAUUUAAACGUGUGGUUUUGAACUAUAGAUAAAAACCAUAUACAGAAGAAAUGUGUAACUUUCGUUCAAUUUUGAACUUUUACUAGGCUAGAGGGCUUUUUGUUUUGAGUGUCGUAAAACCAAAACCAAAGUAAUCACAUUGGCCAAUCAAAAGAAAGGAAAUAUCUUUGAGAGCCAAUCAGAACUCUAAGUAAAACAGACCAAACUGCCCAAAGGGCGGGAAAACGCGCGAGCGACCAAGUCGUAAUUGGUUUUAGGUUUGCAUCUGAUUAGUUGAAAGAUUGGCGCGAGUUUUCUGGACCAAUCACAGAGCGUCGUCUAGCAAAAACAAAGCAAGUCCGGAUUACUUUGGACGCUCAAAUGAAAAUUUCUCUUUUUAACUGCUUUGGUACUAAGUAGGUUAAAACAAUGUUUAUUGCCAUCAGUAAGUUGUGUUGUUGCCAUCGGUAAGUUGUGUUGUUGCGGUAUUAGAUACGUAUGAUGUGCCAUCCUCGCAGUAGAUAGCGCUAUUUAUGCAAUAGCGAAAAUCAGACCUGAAA